AUGGGCCGUCAGCAACAGAUGUACAAAAGCUCCGAGUUCAUUGAUGAAUCUGAUGAUGAUAUACUUGAAAUCACGUCCUCUGACACAGACACCAGCUCCCUAUCAUCGAGUGGGUCAUCAACAGUCUUCGCAGACCGUGGAACUCUGCCUCAAGUCCCCAUGCGCGACAGCAUCGAUCGCGAACUUGAUGCAAUGAGCCCUGUCCCUGAGCCAGUGCCAGUACCUGUACGAGAUCCUUCUCCACCUCCAAAGCAGGCUGCUAAGCCUAAGAAGAAAAAAGUGUCAUCCAAACACUCUGAAGCUCCUCCAACAGAACCUAAGCCAAUCGAAACUGUGGAACCUGCUCGUGAAGUGACAUUCAAUGUGCUCAUCCUGCCAUAUUCCGAAAUCAAGAAGGAUGAUGUCAAAAAAUGGAGUGGUACCAGCACCAUCUUGACCCUUCAUCUUGACGAACCCUUCGAUACUUUCAAAGCCCAGAUUCUCUGCAAGAUCGACAAAGAAACAUCCCCUGCUACUCUUUCCUUCGAUAACUACAAAGUGUCACGAAUUCCUAAUACGAACCAUUUUUCGUUUCUCGGUUUUCCUUCGGCUACUUCCAGUACCCGAGCCGGUCACGUGACUCCGCGUCAUAAGUCACCCGUUACUUCUCUGAUUGGUUCCCCUACUCCACGGGCUAGAACAAUCUCAAUUCCCAAAGAAGAACCGGUCGGAACUUGGGUUUCUGUUUAG